UGGGUGAAAGCAGGAGGACGAUGAGAGGAGAGGAGAGAGGAGGGGAACUGGAACUGCAGCCUGACCGGGAAUGAAGGCGCAAGAAUGCCCCAUGAGACGCUGCGGAGGCUCCGCCACAUUUAUGCGCGCAAGAAGAAGUGAUUUACUGAGUUGAAUCCCGAAGAGAAGAAUCGGAUCUCGGUCUUGGGAGAGAUCGUCGUCUUGGCUGACAAAAGAAGGAAACGUUUUUCUGAGAAGGAAGAGGAGUCUUCAUCCUGCAGCAGAGAUGAGACUGAACUUUUCUACGAGUUGGAUAUUCCAAGGCUGGAUAACGUGUGCGCUCGUCGCCUUUUACGCACAGGAUGUGGUAUCCAAAACUUUACCUUGUGAUGAGACUCAUUACGUAAGGGGCACCAGAUGCUGCAAGAAGUGUGGGCCAGGCUUCCGUAUGCUCGCUGCCUGCACUGACUCUCACCCGACUAAAUGUAUCAAGUGCAAUCGCGGUGAAUACCAACCCGGCUGGACCGAAGAGGGCCGCUGCCUCCAGCAGAAGUUCUGUGACCCGAUUAAGGGUUUCAUGGAGAGGCCUGAGAACCCUCUGGCAGAGGAGCCGUGCCGCUGCCUCCCCCACCUCCAGUGCUACCCCAUCAACUGUGAGUUCUGCGAGAGGAUUCCCACCUGCAGUGCCGGAUAUGGACUCGACGAGGACCCCGAGUCCACGAACGGAAGGAAGGUCUGUGUGGCCUGUAAGAAAGGCUUCUUCUCUGCUGACAACAACGGAGAACAAUGCAAACAAUGGACUAACUGUAAGGCCGAGGGACGGGCCGAGACGCAGCCAGGCAGCGCUCAGGCCGAUGCGGCAUGUGGACCCCCUGUGUCUGGUGCCACGCCCUCCUGGGUCAUAGUUUCAGUUCUGUCAGUCAUCACCGUUCUGUGUCUCCUCAUCCUGCUGCUCUUCUGCUACAAGGACAAACUGAAGCUACUCUCUGUAAAUCUGCGAUCCUGUGUUCAGAAUCUGAAGAGUACCAGGAUACAGCAGGAUACCUUGGACCCACUUUACCACAGUGGGGGUCCUAAGUGUUCACCGUGUGAGAUCACCAAACUCAUCUACCAAGCUCCACACAACGCAACAGACGAGCCCCUCUGCACAUUCCCCACCUCCGCUCCCGACGUCAAGGUCUCGCUGCCCUUCACCGGGGAAAUGACAGAGAGCGUAGCGACCAACGGGACGACGGUGACGGAUGAGCAGAGCGAAGGGUCUGGAGAGCCGGAGGAGGUGUCAGAGGAGGAGGAGGUCCCCUGCGUGCCCCCUCUUCUGGCGGGUUCCUGCAUGUGCCUCAUCCCUGUUCGCGAGCCACUGGAGGUCGGGGAGAACGAGGACUGCAGCCAGGCCGUCUGCCCCGGGACUCCAGGAACCUGCUCGUGUGGAGGGCUGGAUGGAGAGAGGGAUGGAGAUGAGAGUGGGAAAGGAGAGAGGAGUGGGAGCGGAGAGAAGGGCAACGGGGAAAAGAUAGUUUUGCGUAAGAGUGAAACGGGUGCUGCGUCCCUCGUGUCUCUCUCUGCUCCACUCCUCCACGGCUCCUCUGUCGUCCCUCCAUCCAGCCCACGUCCUGAACUCUGCCUGCCUCUGUCCCAGGCUCUGGGGUCGCCAGAGUUCAAACCCAACACGGCCGACGGGUCACCGCUGAAACAGGAGGAGUUAUACAGACUGGCGAGCACAGACACCCCCUCAGCAGAGAAUAGCACAACCUCUGCGAUGACCUCAGUCAGUCCCCUGAUGACGUCCUCGUCUGUUAGAGAUCUGUACCGGGACAAUCCCCCCGAGGCCUCGGGCCCGGAGCGAGGCCAGGGUCUUUCCUGGGAGAAUAACAGUGGAAACGCGCUCUCGUGUGGGGGGUCAGAACUGCAGUGCUCCCCUGAGAGCCUCCACAGUCAGCUGGCGGAACCAACGCUUACCUCAGGUCAGGUGUCGGGGAACAACAACACCACCUUCAUCUCCAGCGGUCAGGUGAUGAACUUCAGCGGCGAGGUCAUCGUCGUCUACGUCAGCCAGACGUCCGUCGGCAGCGACGGGGGGGGGCCGGACGAUGCCUUCCGAAGCCCCGUCCAGGAAGAGGCCAACGAGACGGCUCCGUAUGUUCAACGCGCCGCGAGGUCACGAGGGGACUGCUUGUCUCGCGUCACGGUGCAGGACGAGACGCUGCCGGUGCAAGAAGUGAUGGCAGAGCGGCCGCCGGGGAAGUGACCAGUGGCUGUGUCAGCCCAGUCCAUCAACUCAAAAACUGUCUGAUAGACAAGUGAUCUCUGAUCAUUCUUGUUGGUUACGUCACCUUGUGUAUCUUAGCUCCCAAUGAAAUGUCCUAGAAUGUAAAUAAAGAUGGAUGACGUGUCUCCACCUCUUUCCAGAGUCCAGGAAUCAAGCAAAAACAUCCUGGAAGCCCUCAUGUGCAUUUGGUGGCAUAGCGAUCAGGUGAUGGAGCCACGUUAUUGUGGUCUCGCCAAUAUACACACUUGACCAAUCACGAGGCGGUCUCAGCUGUCAAUCAUGACUUUUCUUACCCUUUUUUUUGUAGCAUUAAUUAAUUAAAUCAAAAUCACCAGAAACAUGUUUGAACAAACUUUGGACUGAAACUUUCUUUGAGACUUUUGACUUUUUUUCUGGUCCAUCUCCCAUCUACUUACAGCAAGAAGGUUGGGUUUGGGACCUGUACUGCUGCCAGCCACUAGGUGGUGAUUGAGACAUUGAGGCUUCACUUUUGAGCUGGUGUCAUGUCGUCCAUCUUCAUAUACACAGUGGGGUUGUCACAUACCAGCUUCUCAUAGCCAGGAAAACUUUAAACUACAGUGAAUCCGACCAAUCAGCUGAGUGACGAGGCACUUAAAAAAAAAAAAUGUUAUUGCUUGGAAGGUAAUUAAACAGUAACUCGUCUCUCCUCAGACAUUAGUCACUGAAGGUAGCCUUGGGCACUUCUCCUCAAACAUGCCUUUUUUUAUUUCCAGUGGAAAGCUUCAGGCUCCUUCACACGGAAACUCCCUUCAUUCCAGACAUUGAUGGGGAAUUUUGUUGGGAAUUGGAUGUGGAACUAGAGUUCAGACUGGAACAAUGUCAUGCUUUUAUGGUUGUAUGGAAAUCGCAGCCGGGUCUCGAUACAGAGGACUUAUUGCACUUCUAAUUUCCCACCUUUAGACACUAAAGGUUAAGGCCUGCAGCGUUUUUAACCAGUUUGAAUUUGACCUUUGGGUAACUUUAGCAGUUACACAACAAAAUAUCCACCAUGUGGAAAUAACUGCCAAGAAAUUAAAUAUUUUCAGGGAAGAAAACUGAAUCUAGUGGCUACAAAAAGGGUAGAGUCAAAUUUGAGAUGAGUUUUGAUUCUCUGGUUUGAAGAGUCCAACAAAAGCUAUUUUACAGAAAAGAGACACAUCCAGUUUUGGUACGAUGCUUGUUUAUCCUUGACCUUUUUUUAAUUCUCUCCUUAUUGCACGACAGGUGCAGUUUGUGUCAAAUAAAAAAUGCUAUGCAUUUGAUAAGCUAUUUUAUUACCGGUUUGUUUUGUUUCAUUGUGUUGUAAUGUGCAAGCCUUAAUGAAGAAAAACCUGUUUGUAAUAUUUUCUUUCAGAUGAUUUUUUUCAGAGCAGAUUGUUUAUGUGAUAUUUCAGAUUCAUAUGUGAUCAAUGUUUGUAAAUAUUGCCAAAGAGAAAAAGAAGCCUGAUGUUUCUGAGGAAUAAGACUGAUCCCUUUGUGCUUCCUCUCGUUUGACUUGUGGUGUGGAUGUGUGAACCAUGAACAGCUGGUGGAACUCACACAUCCUGAAAGGUUCAAUAACGAGCCCAUCACAAUGCCUGCAGCCUCAAUAAUUAUGUACAUAUCAAUCAAAUCUAUUGCAAAGAAUGACUGAAAUAAUAUUUUGAUUGAAAUAAAAAUAUGUUUUGCAUCUAA